ACUUGAUGUGAAGAAUGGCAAGCCAAAGAUAUGACUCCCAAUGGAAGGAGGUACAGCUUAUCAAUGGCCAUGCCGUGCUUCUCGCCUACGUGAUGUCCGCCAUCAGAGGGGUAGGCGUCCUCGUGGUUACCUGGAUCACGGUGGUUCUUCUCGGUGGCUUCGUCUCCAUGUUAGACAGGAAAGAUUUUUGGCGGCUGACCCUUAUUACCGCCGUAGAGCUAGCCUGCAUCAAUGCCUCUUUCAUUGAAAGGAUAGGCUCUGCUGGUGAUCUGAUCUCGAGCUUGAGGACAGUGAAGAAUCUAUUGACCACCAACUGGGAGUUGGCUGAUAAUACACGAAAUGAUCACCAGGAACUGGCAGUGGUUAAGAGAGUUUUUACAGUCGUGUUUGUGGUGGCUGGAUGGGUUCUAGUGCAGCUUCACAGUGUGAUGGUGUACCUUUGUGUUGUCUCUGCGCCGUGUCUCGUGCUCUUUGGGAUGAUCAUCACCGCUUGGAUCUCGAUAUUCGGUCUAAUGGAGCACGACUACUAUGGCGACACGGUCGAGGGCAGAACAAACAUGGAUCCGGCGCAUAAUCUCUUGUACGUUAUGUGUAUGGUCCAAGGUGCAUUGUUCCUUUAUAGAAUCAUCUUGCUGCUUACGGAGAAGAGGAUAGUGAAACAAGUGAGCCAAUCAUACGGCUUCCAAGAUGGGGACCCUGCAGUUUCAGGCUACUUGAAUGAAAUCAGGAAGGAAUGCUUCCAGAAGCCAUCCUCCGUCAGAGGAAGGAACCUCAUCACAUAUGCUGUACAACUCAUGGAGUCCAACUCGCCUCGUAACUUCCUUUCUGGGACACUGAUACUGGAGAGACUACUCACCCGGCAGCAUUUGGUCCAACAAGAAGAGCACAGGCAGCAAUUAGAAUUAGAGAACAGGACUGGAGCUCCAUUGGUUAGAAUGGAUGAGAAGAAUAAGAGAGAAGAAAUGAAGAGGAAGAGGGAGGAGUGGAAGAAGAGGCCGCAGCAUCAGCAAAAGGAAGAAAGGAUUAUUAUACAGCAAAGUAGGCUGAUCAAGCGGCUCAUAUUUGGGUCUGCAUCCUCCUCCCACAUUCUAGAGAAACUCCUUCAGACGUUAGAUUCGAGAGACUCAUACAACAGAAAGAUGAGAGAGGCCGCUAUGAGGAUAUUGGAGCAGCUUGCUGGCCAGAUCCGUUUGGAGCAGUUCCCACGAUGGAUCCAAUGCAUAUCUUCACUCAUCAACACUUUCGAAGAAUAUCACCUACUCCAGGCACACAACACUUCACCACUGGAGUUGGACUCGGAGUCGGACAGCGAUGUUGAUCAGCAACCAUCAUCUAAGGUGCUCGCUUGCUACAAAGAGCUGGUACUGACUGGACUGAGUCUCCUUUGGAGCCUUGCAGGCAAUGAGGUCAACUGUGAAAUCAUAAUCAACGCCAAACAUGUUGUCUACAAGAUCAUGGCACCUGUCAGCUACGACCUAGUGCACCGCUCAGGUCAUAGUGCAUGGUCGACUAUGGCAGUAGAGAGAUCUCUGGGGGUGAUGCUUCAGCUGAUUGUGACUAGCAAGGAAAACACAAGGGAAGACUUGCGUCAACGGUUGUCAAAGAAUGAGGGAGCAAUCGCCACCAUUGAAAGAAUUGUUACCUGCGAAGAAUGUAAAUAUGAGCUGAAGAUGAAGGGCAUGCAGAUACUCUCGCAACUAUCGAUGGACGAAAAUGCCAGCAGAGAUAAUCUUUCCCUACUAAUAAAGCACGGAGUGCUUCUGCUCGUCCGUCGUCGCCGUUUUUACAAAAAAGUCCUUAUGGUUUUUGGUAAUUAAACCCGCAGUCCCUUUUUAAGUUGAAAAAAACGUUUCGUUUAGAAAUUUUACCAGGAAAACCUUGUGGUUUCCUGUAUUCAACCCGCGGUCCUUUUAAUGUGAGAAAAUCGCAAGGAAGACAGGCGGAUCUGGGCGCAGCGUCGAGGGAUCUGGCGGCUGGUGCGGCGGCUUGCUCCGGUGGCCGCGGUGUCCUGCUUAUCCAGAGAAACAGGGCAUGAGGGAGAGAGGAAAGAGAUGAAAAAGGAGAAGGAGCAGGGGCGCAAGGUGAGGGAGAGGGAUCUGGCGGGUGGUGCGGGGGGCUUCGGUGGCGGCGGCGUCCUUCUCAUCCAGAGAAAGGGAGAGGCAGGGCGUGAGGGAGAUAGGAAAGAGAGGAAGAAAGGAGAAGGAGAGGGGGGCGCAAGGUGAGGGAGAUGGUCGCCGGCGGUGGCGCCUCCGGUGACCGGCCGGCGGCAGGACCGAUGGUGUCUGGAGUUUUGGACACCUGAGCGAGCUACCCUGCUGCUGCUAAUUCUUCUCUCCCCACGCCUCUGCUGCUGCUCCUUCUACUCCUCAGAUGCCCAUGCUUGCUCUCAAACAAUCAUUGUUGAAGGACUGAAGGGCAUGAUUUCUGGACCACAGAUGAUGCAUUUUAUUGGCAGGCACAAUCAAGGGCCCAUCAUCUUUCUGCUAUAGAGAAGGACGGGGUUCAAGUUGUUGGGCCGGUGGCAGGGGCAGCAUGAUGUUUUCGUCAGGUAACAACCUAGCCAUCGACUCAAGAUUUAACUGAACCAAUUCCUUUAAUUCAAGCUCCAAAUCGUUGUUAUUUGAUUCACUAAUUGGUUGCUGGCAACAACUAAUUGGACAUAUAAUUGUUGAUUUAUGUACAAACAAUAUCUUCAGUUGUUUUCAGAUCUUCAAUAAGGAUCAUCAAGCCCUCUGUUUUUUAUAUGAAGAAUAGAUAUUGUAAUUGUGCCUCCAUUACGUCUAAAAGUCAGAUAUCGGAAAAAUGUCAUUGGCAUAUCUCUGUCACGAUGGAGGAUUGGUUAGACAGAAAAAGGACCUCUGGUUAUGUAUGACAUGAUGCGAGGCACAUAUCUCUGAAUGAAGCGCAACAAGAAUUGACAUCCUCUAAUGCUAACUGUUGAGCAUUCUUCUCUGAAGUAUCAGGUCAGUAUCCCAUGUGCCCCCUAUUCAUCUGUCAUCGCUGCAUAAAAAUUUAAUGCAGUUUUUAAGCCUAUGUUUAAGGGUAGCUAAAUCUCUAUGGACCAACCAUAUUAUCUUUUUGAGAUAAGAAAUCAACCUUCAUCAUGUACUUAUGUUGUAACUUCUCCCAUCUUUUGUGCUAUUAUCUAAAAGAGGUGUGGAUUGGAAUCAGUUUUUUUUGCUGCACCCCCAUUCCGACGAGGUCACGCACACAUACCACUGGGAAUCCCACGAACCCUAUGUUCGAGCGCGAGCGACGGCAAUAGCAUCUGCAAGUACUUGACCAACACGCUACCCGGGUGUGGUAUCCACUAUUGAGGCCAAGCAACUUAGCUCGGUCAUCCUUAAGUGUGUUUGUGUCCACCACCUGAUGAAGAACGGGAGAAGAUUGCUGACUUUGUGCCUAAUGAUGGUUGCCUGAACUUCGUAGAGCAAAUUGACGAGGUGUUGAUUGCUGAAUUUGGUCUUAAGAGGCACGUCGUGGGAGAUAUCCCUUGUGGCAGGUUCAAAGUUGUGAUGGUAUCUGGUGUCUCCCAGCAAGAUUUGUUCCUUCUCUUAACAGUUACUAUUAAGGUAUAACAGUGAUGUGCUACUCUGCUGGUCCUUUAGAUGUCAAAAAGAUUAUGUGUUGUGCUAGCUAGCGACUUUUAUCUCCCCGUGGAUGCAGAUUUCAGAAUAUGUUUAGUUACGACGUACCACAAAGCUGAUCUUUUUAACAUUUGAUUGCCGUGCUUAAUACCACAGUUAGGUAGUUUGACUCUUAGACACUGGUCUUUUUAAUAUCAGACUUAAACAACUACAGUUCUAAAUAGCAGUAGUUCUUCUGAAUUUCUACCUAUUUAUUUCACUAUUGUGGUUUCAAAAUCCAAUAGCCUUGCUGUUAGUUAAUGCUCUAUUUAUAUUUUUUGCCAACAGAACAAAUUUAUGUUUCCAGCAAAAAAGUUGGCCAGCCCCAGCAAAAAAAAAGAACAGUUCCAGCAAAAAAAGAUCGCCGCCGUGGUCACAGGUGUCAACAAGCAGUCUUCGGAAUCAUCAAUAAGCCAACAGCGAGAAAUAAGUUCAAGAAUUGAGUUCCCUUAACAGGGAAAUAAGGAAGGGAAGAAACAAAUAGGGAACAAUCAGAUGAAGCAUCAAGGAAAAUGGAUUGAACAAUCAGAUGAAGCAUCAAGGAAAAUGGAUUGAACAAUCAGAUGAAGCAUCCAACUCGAGGAGAAGCAUGGUCUGCAAGGAGACCAAUCAUCUUGAGGUGGUUCUUUCAGCUACUGCAUGUUCCAUUACGGAGAAGGGUACUUAGUCGAUCUUAGGAGCCAGACUCUGCUUUCCUUGCAGGGAGAAUUUCAAUAAAUGGUACUAUUACUCUCCCAACAAUUCUUUUAUCACUACAAAAUGUGUAGGAACCUUAUUUUUCUUAAGUGGCAUAAUGUGAUUUCUUAAGUGUUGUGUUGUAACACUUUAGAGUAAAAGAAUAAUUAUGUAUGAAGAAUAAUAUUACCGAGUCAGGCAGAAUUUGACCUUAGUUCUGACCAAAUUAAUCUUUAUUUGUUUGCCAGGUUGUGUGUCAAACAUCACUUCAUGUUGUAGUCCAUUUUUUCCUUUCAAAAGCCACAUUAUGAAAUUUGGCUUUAUAAGAAGUUUCACUUUAUUAUUAGUGGAGAACGGGAGAUAAGGAAAGGGAAGGGAAAAACAGUAAUUCUAGCAACUAGCCAUUGUUCCGUGGCAAAACACAGGUGUUUGUUCUAUUAUGUCCAUCGGAAAUCUUUACGGAGGAGUUGGGACUGAGUGAGUGACAUAGAUUUGCUUGAGGUCACAAAUUCUUUUCUGCUGUUACUUGCAUCUUACUUGAAUUUUUUUCUUCAAGUUCUUCCUGUUUUCCCAUAUCCUCUGCUCUAUAGAAGCUGCUACAUCAAAUUAAGUAAGUGCAUCCUUCUUUUUUGUCCAAGUUUGUUCUAUUCUAUUACUCAGAAGUCUGUACAAGACUGAGAGAGUGAAGCAUAUUUGCUUGAGAUUUGAAUACUUUUUUGAUGUCGGGUUUGUACGCUAUACAGUUUGAUUAAUGAAAACUGAUAAAAGUAGUGGCAAACACUUGAUUGAGUAAGCUACUGGAUUUUACCAGUAAUACACAGUAGUUUCUUGCAAUAUUAUCUGCAUGACAAGAAACACCCAUAUUUGAUUUUGCUCUGUGAUUGGUUCAAAUAUCACUUUUUGGCUAAAGUUGAUUGGAUACGAGUAGUAGUGCCAACAGUAAUAACUUUAAAUAUGAUUUUAUCAUGGCUCUAAAUUUUAUUGCUGAUGAUUUGUUUCAGGAUAUUUGGAGAGGCUAUUUGCACCGUAGUUCAAGACAGCUGAUAGAGUAUAAGCUAGGCAACUCACUUAUAUUGUUACUUGUUUAAAUGGUUAUCUAUUCUGCCGGCAUAUUCACAUGCCAUAUUAAUUUCAGAAGAACAAUUUCUAAUUUGUGUUGUGCUUGCAUGCAUUGUUAUGUCUAAAAAGAAAAUUCCAAACAAAAACAAAUAUAAAGUCACAGUUUGUAUUUACGCACUGGAUAGUUUCAAUCGCGCUAAAUUAAACGAAGGCUUUCAGAAUAAAUUGUGGCCUCUAAGCUUGUGUGUACUCAAUUACUAAAUGUGUAAUAUCAGCACAUAUUAGCACGACUAUUUCUUAAGUGCAGCCAGCCACCAAUUUCAUUUGAUUUGAAUUAAUAUAUUACUUAUAUACUCAUUUAGAUAUUUAUUUAUGUCCUCGAUGGAUUGAUUUGAACGCCACAAUUUUAUUAACCUGUUGCAACGCGCGGGCCCUUUUGCUAGUCUAACUAAGACGCUCAUAAACGUCUUCAUUCGUGGUGACAAUGGCUCCAUCAGAAAGACUGCAGGGAAAACACUGUUGGCGUUGUUUCUCGGCAGCAAAAGUACUGCCACCCUCCUCCCCAAGAAAGAAAACGAUGUGUUUGUUGGUCAACUCGCGAAGAUACUUGUACAGGACGACAACAUAUGCAGAAAAAUUGCAGCAGAAAUUCUGGAGCAUCUAUGUGUUCAUUACACUGAGAACACUGAGGAUAAUAGUACACUCAAGGAAUACAUUAUAGAUAUUAUGCCACAGGUACAUACAUAGAUAAUUGUUUCUUUAUUAUAUGUCUGUUAUUUCUUCCUUUUUGUCUUUCUUUCUUCAAGCAUGCAAGGUGAAUAUUCCUCCAGCUAAGCCAUUCAUUCAUUCCCCUUUGAUGACAAUUGCCACAUUUCCUUCUUUGCGUUUCUAGAACAUUUCAUUCUUUUCCAAUUAUAAAGUAGUCGCAACAACUCUCUCUCUCUCUCUCUCUCUCUCUCUGGUUAUUACCGUUGUAGGUGCUCAAAGAAAUACUCUAUCACCAUGCGUCAAUAGGAGAAGGAAUUCCCGGGUAUGCCAAAUUAGAUACUGACGUCGAAAGCCAAAGCAAAAUGAAGAAGAGGAAGAAGAAGAAGAAGAAGACAACGAGCAAGAAGACUUCAUCCUCUCCUGG